AUGAGUAUAUCUAGUCCAACCGAAGCUUUAAAGGCUUCAAAGGUAAUUGUUUCUCACGAACCACUAUCUGCAAUCCCACCUGUUGAGAAAAUUCGAGACCUGUAUAAUUCAUCAAAAUUAAAAGAAAUAUAUCGAUACGAUAUCCCUGUUGUGAUAUUAGAUGUAAAGCAUUGGUAUGACUCUGCAAGUGGAUUAAUAGUAUUCACUGAUUUUAGUAGUAUAAAUACAAGAUCUUCAUUUGCAGGUGGUAAGGUUCCAUAUUCUGUUGCAGUUGCUACAUAUGGUAUAGACCGCCAUCAACUACCACUGUCUAUAUUAUUCAAUUCCUCGAUUUCCACAGCUCAAUAUGAAAAUUUGAUUUUGGAAAUGGAAAAAAGUGAACCAUUGAGUAAAGAUGGGUUUGUAAUUGCCAGAUUGAGUUUUGAUUUAAAAAUAAGUUGCCGGAAGUACUUGGAAGGAUAUUUCAGUGGCAUAGAACUUGUGGAUAGUCAGAAUAUUUCUCAAGUUUUUGAAAAGUUGGAAUUCCAGUUUCUGAACAUGUUGUACAGAAUGAAACAAUUUGUUCCCCAUAAUACUUAUAAUGAAUUAAGAGAGACCUACAAAUUUGGUUCGUAUGAAAUUAAAACUAGAGAUAAAGAAAAGAACAACAUUGAAAUGGAAAGUCAGUUAAGAGAUCACAAGAGACUCUGUUUGAAAAAUAGCCUGGACACAAGUAGUGGAGCAUCAAAAUUGUUAUUUAAUAGGAUGGCACCAGAUAGUCAAAUGGCAAACUUUGAUUCCCAGUCGACACAGAAGCCAGCACAUGAGUUACUUUCUUCAGAUUUCUACUUUGAAUCAAUGCCUACAAUGACUGCUUCCCGACACGAAGGUAUGUUGACUCCGAAUCUGGAUUCCGAAGACAAGUCUCAAAAUGUCACUGCCCAAGAUAAAUCCCCAUUGUCAAUUAAAAAUAUUCAAAUGCCUCCACCAAAGACUCCUCUUCGCCCCGUAGUUCGUUCACUGGGUGCUGCUCUUUUAUUUAGACCAAUGGCUACCGAUUCUCAAUCACCAAUUAAACAACCACAAACUGGAGGUCAAUUAUUGGUUCCACAAACCCAAAGUCAAGAUCAACACAGAAUCGAACAGAAUGAAUCCAUUAGUAUCGAUGAAACAUCGAUCGUGUCGCCAGAUGAGUUUACAGUUGAUCCUAAUUGGAAUGAAGCUACUCAGUCGUUUUUGCAAAGAGCAAACAGAAACCUUGAUAUAACUAUUAAGGAAUUACAUGAAUUGAAAUCCUUUGAUAGUAAUGUUACCUAUAAUUUGACCUCAGUUAAGCUUAAUGGUAUUCUUUACAUUGACAGCUGGAAGGUUACGCCGUAUCAACAAAAUACUAAACUUGCGCCAAUUAAAUUAAUGAUUAAAGAUGCUAACAAUCCGGGGUCCAUUAUUGAUCUAGAGGUAGGUAAUGAUGAUGAACUUGCUUCGUUUUAUGGAUUUCUUGAUUCUGAGAUUGAUCCAUCACAAUACAAAAAGAUAAAGUACAUGAUAAAACAGUUGUUGCUGCUAAAAGACAAGACUAUUACAAUAAAAGUGUCCAGAAAAAUACGUCGCUCACCUACUAAUAUUUCAUAUGCCUAUUGGACAUGCAACUCUUGUGUACAAAGUCUCUUAAAUCAAUAA